GUGAAUAGACUAACAAUGCAAUCAUCAAAGUCUCCCUUAACUUUUUCAAUCCGCUUCCCCUUUUUUUGUUUAUUAAUGUGCGAGUCUUGCAAUUGGAAGACCUAACCAUUGAUAUUGAAAUGACCUAUCAAUAACUUUAUGGAUGGGACACCUAAAUCAUUCCAUCAAGACAAGCUUAACAAACUGCGUGAGCUAGAAGCCGUUUGCGCAUAGGUCAAUAGAACCACAGCUUGUUAAGAUGACGAGAAGAAUCGUUCGCACAGCGACGCAACUCGGUGCGCUUGCUCUAUUUACAAUAAUCGUCCUGUGGUUCCUAGAUAAUCGAUACCGGGUUCUACCUUCUGCGCUUCAUGAUUAUAUGCCAGCACAUCAUCCGGGCCUAGUGAUCACCGAUAUCACUGUCACGAAAUGCUCGAAAAUCAAUAUUUUCGCAAGCUGUAAGCUGGAUUCGGAUAAAUGGCAUCGUAUCGAGAAGGACUUGUAUUUGGGACAGGGUUGGGUGAAUAGCGCUUACAUGCAUGUGCAAAGAAAGAAAGAGGAGGAACUUACGUCGGAUGAUAAGGUUGUUGUGGAUGUUAGUGUGGGGAGGCUGGAUCCAGCGACUGCAACAAAAGGCGAGGGCGAUGAGAGAUGGGAAUCAAGACCUGCUGGAUUAUGGCUGAAACGGUCUGCAAAGCGCCACGCGAGUGAUUCGAAUGAGGCAGUCACUUCUGUGGAUGUAUUAUUCGGAGCAGACGCUGUGGAUCCAAGAGAUGGAUGGGAAAUGACUGGCACACCAUUAUUGCUAGAUUCUUCUGGGGAGAUCCAAGAAGCCAGACUUAGCAUACGAAGAGGCAAGCUCAUAAUGCCAAGCAAGCCAACGCCUCGCAUAAGGGAUAAUGGGAAAUUCAAGAUCCUACAAGCGGCAGAUUUACACUUGAGUACAGGGACUGGAUAUUGUAGAGAUGCAAUGCCUGAAGGUGGUGGUAAAUGUGAAGCUGAUCCUAGAACAUUGGAAUUCGUUGGAAGAUUACUUGAUGAAGAAAAGCCAGAUUUGAUUAUUCUGAGCGGCGACCAAAUCAAUGGAGAGACGGCGCCGGAUGCACAGAGUGCCAUUUUCAAAUAUGCUGAAUUGUUUAUUAAACGCAAAAUCCCAUUUGCGACAAUUUUUGGUAAUCAUGAUGAUGAGGGUUCUUUACCCCGAGCUCAACAGAUGGCAUUGAUCGAGUCUCUGCCAUACUCGUUAUCGGAAGCUGGCCCAGAAGAACUCGAAGGGGUGGGAAACUACUUUGUUGAAGUUCUUGCUCAGGGUGGCUCUAAGCAUUCUGCUCUGACAAUCUACUUGUUGGAUACACAUUCUUAUUCACCAGAUGAGAGAUCAUUUAAGGGGUAUGAUUGGCUGAAAAAGAACCAGAUUGAUUGGUUCAAACAAACUGCUUCGAGUCUGAAAAAAGCCCACGAAGGAUAUUCCCAUAUUCAUAUGGAUCUAGCCUUUAUUCAUAUACCGCUUCCAGAGUAUAGGGAUGAUACCCUUGAUAAAGAGGGCGCGUGGAGAGAAGGCGUCACUGCUCCCGGUUUUAAUUCUGGAUUCCGAGAUGCACUUGUAGAACAGGGUGUCGUAAUGGUUAGCUGUGGACAUGAUCAUGCAAAUGAAUACUGCUCUCUUUCUCGGAAAGAGGAUGAAAGCCCAGCUCUUUGGAUGUGUUAUGGUGGCGGUGCAGGAUUUGGAGGUUAUGGAGGGUACGGAGGCUACCAUCGCCGAAUCCGUCUUUUCGAAAUCGAUAUGAAUGAAGCCAAGAUAGUUACCUACAAACGCCUCGAGUACGGAGAUGUAGAGAAGCGAAUCGAUGAACAGAUCAUAGUUGAAGGGGGGAAGCCGGUAGCUCCAUCUAUAUGAUACAUACGGGAAAUCGGGCAUAGGAAGCAGGUGUUGGGGAAUUAAAAGUUCUACAAGGAGCAAUUUUUUUCACAUGGUAACGGCCAGGAAUUUGCAUUUGGGGUUUUCGCAAUCGGGGUUCUCUACUUUUCGGUGUGCUUCAAAUGCUUCGCUAUACUAUAAGUCAAAUAGUGUUUAUUCGAUGCAAUCGUGUAUAAUCUAUACCAUCUCUCCUCUCGUGAAAGAGCGGCUUGAAUUAGGCGGUUUCUAAUUCGCCCCACGAAUACAUUUUCCUACUUCACUCAAUGCCACAUUAUAUCACGCGAAUUUCCAGUAAACUUUCCAAAACGCUAUUUAACGAUCAUGUUCAUUGCAAAUUCCUCAUAAUUCCAAGGAAAUUAUCAUCGAUGUUGUCUGCUUUGAAAGUGAUUUAUCGAAUUCC